AUGCGUUCUGCCAUUAUUAGGUCUCGACAGAUAAUUCCAUCUCCGGGCGGCCGUCCAUCCCAACCCAAUCUAGCCUCGCGCCUCUACGCCACAACAUCCACGAACUCCGAAGGCACAUCAGGGUGCUAUGACAAACGCCUUGCGCAAGAAUCCCGUGACCGGAUUGACCGACAAUCCGACGAGACGGCCAAAUCCGGCACCGACGACGUCGUCGCCAACCAGACCACCAUCUCCUUCGAUCCCAGCCAGUCCCUUGACCCUGAACAAGCGCGGGAAGCGGCUAAAAAUGCCAACAUAUGGAGCAAUCCUCUUGACACCAGUCCAGCGAAUCGCAAAAUCAGCGAGGGAACAGCAGAGAUCGAAAGCGGCGUGAGAAAGAAGGAAACCAUUCAUGACAGUGAACGGGGGACGUAUCGUAGCGAGACAACGGCGAAGAAAGGCGAGGCUGGAUUUGAAAAGAGAGCGUUUGCGGGCUCCUCGAAAUCCGUCAAGCAGAAGGAGAGACCGCCGAUGAUUAGGCCUGGGGCACGUUAA